GUCGACGUCGUGCAUUGGAAGUAUCUGGAGAGAUUUCUUUUCGUGUCCGAUACCCGAAAUGAUUAAACAUCAUCAAAGUAAGAACAGGAAGGAACUAUAACUAAUGACCGUGUGGCAUUGACUUCUAUUCCGUAUAAAUACCGUUUGACCAAACCUUCUACCACGGUCCUCGCGCACGGUCUUCUGUCACUAAUACGCGACAAGAGAAAUUUAUCCACGCAACUAUGCCCAGCGGCGCAGUAAAUACGAGACAUGGUGGGAGCAAGUCCUCAAACAGCUCCGCCAGAAACCUUGGUGGGCUGUAUUUGCUUUGCUUAUCUUCCGGGCUAGAGGACGAGGAUGAUCCUGUUCCUGCUGUUUUGACGUUCUUUCCGGAUAAUCAGCAUGACCGCGGCUCUUAUUAUCCUCCAGAAGCGCCCUUGUUGCACGGAGUCCGACACGGAGAUGAUGUUGGGAACACAACGCACCCGUCGGAUCAUGGGCGGAGCACAGAGGAAGCGCAGUCAGUGGAACUACACCGAGUGCCUUCUGACAAGAGCCCGCCUACCCCGAGCACGAGCUACUCAUCGUCCAAGCAAACCCCGCAAACGCCUGGGUCCUCUGGAGAUGGCUCAUCAAGGGCAGCACACGCGCAACCGCACGCGGAGCAUCAAGUGGAUGAAAGAACUAGGAAGGGAGUGCUGGCGAAGACCCCACUAGUGCACCACCGGCUUAUUUAUUUCCCAUGGUCGACGUCCUUCUCCCGCCACUGCCCCACCGCCCUCCUGACCGUGGGAUUUUGCAGUCUGCUGUGCACUUCGUACGUGAACUUCAAAACUAGUGGGGCGUUCCGGCAAGUGGUCGACAACACGAAGACGCUGGAGCUGCGAAAAUUCACCAAGCAGUGGGGCAGCUUCUUCCUCCUCGGGUCGGUGUCGUCCUUUCUUCGGACCUUCUGCCUGUCGGAGGCGAAGCUGCUGUUUGAGAGAAAACUAAGAGUCCGCGUAUUCUCCGAAGUGCUGAGAAACGGACCCCGCUUGCUGGACUUGAAAGUCGUGAAUGAAGCAUGUACAGAGGACGUUACAGCAGCCGGAGCCGGAGCAACCGCUGCUUCCACGCAUAAAAUUCCCCCAGACGAAGUUGUAGAUCUUUCCGCUCGCGACCGCGAGGAAAAUGCGCACGAAGAUGAACGGGAUGAAGAACCGCUGCAGGUGGCUGCGAAUAAAGGAGCGCCCGUGGGACCGCGACGAGGAAGCGAACAGCGAGGCGGGUCCUCAUCUUCCCAAAGAACUGCAGGAAUCUCUAGCUCCUCGUCGAUAAUGGCGCAGUUGAGCCUGUUGCACGAGGACGUAGACACCAUCGCGGACUUUUUCACCGCAAAAGCAGCCAACGCAGUGCGGUACACGAGUUCGCUCGUGGGAGGCACAUGUGUCGCGUUUUACAACUGCUUCACACUCGCGGCGUGGGGGUACUCACAGAGGAUGAUCACUUGAGGAUGAUUCACUUAAGUGAUGUUAGUCUUAGUGUUAGUUCAUUUCUUUUUCAGCUCUUGCAGUAAUUGCUUAUCAAAGCCUAUUAAUUUUUCGGUAAACGUAAAUGGAGCACGACACCCACCACGUGGUCGUGGCGGCGCGCGUGGUCCACCUGCAUCAUUUCUGAUAACUACAGCUUCCCGCUGUUUUUCGGCAUUGGCUAUGCCGUUGCCAAGCGAAAUUCUGCAAAAACCACGACGAGCGGCAGUGAAAGCAAGAGCUGCAGCAAAACCGGCGGUCCGUCCGGGCCGCCGCUCCCCGAUCCGAAGCAGCACGCGCACGACCGGUUCCAGGCGCAAGCCGUUAUUCGGAGCUUCGGGAAAACGACCCAGCAGACCUUGCAGUACGCAAAUUUGCUCUACUCGCUGACACGGGUCGAAUCCGCGAAACAGGUGAAGAAGGCGAAGCUGUUCGCCGUGAUCGAUUUGCUCUCGAAGUCCACUCUCAUCUCGCUCGCCCUGUUUGGCUCCAAGUUGGUGGAGAAAUAUCAAUUGCAAAAAUGUCUGGGUCUGGAAGAAUGCAAGAUUUGUGAUGCAGGUUUUCCAUGACCCAUGAGGUCUGGAAUGCGAGACCCAGAAUGACAGAUUCUUUGAGGUCUCUAUCAUGCCUUUCCUGCGUGAGAAGCUCCCUCUCAACUUGGUCAAAAGCGGACUCCUUUUGGUACUCACGCAACACAGAUUUUUGCAUCAUUCAGAUUUAGCAUGACAAGUUCUAAUCUUCCAGACCCAGACACUUUUACAUUUGAUAAGAAAGAGAAGAUCUCCAGCGGACAGCUGGCGCAGUUUCUCGUGGCCAGCAGCAUGGCGGCACUGGGGUUCUACGGCCUGUUGCAGUUCUUCGACACCGAAUUCGCCGAAGCCGUGGUGGCCGGGAACCGGCUGGCUCUGGUGGUUUUGGGCACGUCGGAGAAGUAUUCUGAUGAAGCCGCCUCAACGGAGUCCGAGUUGUCGUCCUCGGGUGCUGUUAAGGAACCUCAAGCUACGUCAAAAAAUUCCGUUCGCCCACCAAAGACACAGCGUGUCGAGACAAUGAACUUGCCGCCACACAUUCGCAUAGUUCAGCCGCCUACUGCAGAUGAAGAUCAAGCUGUGCUGUCAAACGACCAGAAGUUGGUUCUAAAAGUCGAGAACCUGAAUGUGCGUCUUCUGCGAGGUGGGUCAGCAAUAGGACCAACGCCUGGCCCAGUAGACUCAAGUUCACCGAAUCCCUCUGCGGGCACUCCAAACGACGUUGCCGAAGGCAGCCGCAGCCAGCAGAAAUCCCAGCAUCUCGGUGGUUCCAGUUCUUCUUACCUGUUCCCCCCCGCACAAGGUUUGAGUUUCGAGCUCAAGGAAGGGGACAUUCUGGGUCUGUGUGGAAGAUCCGGCUCGGGGAAAACAAGCGUGCUCAACCUCCUCCUCGGCGAGCUCAGUGCGGAUGCUGGAACGGUGACGUUCUUCAACCCGUGUGGGCCGAAUAUCAGGUUCCAUUUGAUUGACUGCUCCUCGUACUAAAGCAGUAUAUUUGAUAGAAAACGCAACCCUACAGUGGAUGCACGAGGGCAGCUCCAGUGUGAAAAAAGGCAGUUGCGACAUGCUCAUCUGUAGUUGUUCCUGGAGGUUUAUACGAAGCUGUUGAAAAUUCUUUUUCGUAAAACGAAAAUAAGUAUAUCCUCAUGUUCGUCUCUAUGCAGGAAAAAAAUUUCCCCUGAAAUCAUUAAAACUACAGGUACGUGCCCCAGCAUACCACGCUGUUCGGCGAGACAGUCCUGGAGAGCAUCACUUUUUCUCCGUCGAGGGAUUCUUCGGCUGGAACGUCCGCUUCGCCCGCACUCGUCGCGGCAUUGGACCAGUCCUGCGCUACCUCGUUUGUGGAUGUUGAUGUCAACACUGCUAGCAGUGCAAAAGAUAAAGAAGCGGAUGAUGUUGAAAAUAAUGUUGAACAUAGCCCAAACAAUAACAAGCCAACUUCGACUACAACAACCCGUCGUGUUGUAAGCACCAGUCGCACGCUAUCGUAAGGAAAAAUCCCCCCUCCCCAUAUCAAAAGGAAGUCUCUGAUGCUGGAUGUGCGUACGCAAAUCAGAUCUGUCUUGCAGAAAGUGCUUGGCGGCAUUUUCUAAGCCUGUUUGAAUGUGCAGAAGGCUAGCAAUUAGGCAUGACAAACAGGUUUGCAGUAGUCAAAAGCGCAUGACAGACUGGCUGUGGAAUGCGCCACAUUGCUCCCAUUACCCUAUAGGCAAGACAGAGGGUAUUUGUGACCACAAAUCAGCACCACAAAUUUCCUUUUCGAUAUGGGGAGGGGGGAUUUUUCCUUUUGAUACACGCUGCUGUCCGACCUCAAGGGCCUCAGCGGCGGUGAGCAGCAACGCCUGGCGGUGGCACGGGCGAUUUACGAUGUUGACGGAGAAGGGGAACAAUUCGCAAAUAUCAAUUUGAAAAAAGCCCCCAACCCAUAUCAAAUGGGAAAUCUGUGAUGCAGGAUUUGUGUACACAAAUGCGCGCAGUCUUGCAAGACGGCAUCGCAGCCAGAUCCGCAGCCUACGGAGGGACAUUUGGGUCUAGGUGCUUAGCAUUACAACAAACGGCUGGCCUCUAGGCCCAACAGCAUGCCAAAUCGCCUCCAUAAUGGUGCGGAAGCCUCUGCGUUUGUCUUCUUGCAAGACAGACGUGAUUUGUGGUCUCAAAUCAGCAAGACAUGCCUUUUUGAUAUGGGGAGGGGGGGCUUUUCCUCUCAAUAGCAAACGAAUCUGCGCCAAGGCCGCAAGAUGAAAAGAAGAACCAAAUAAAGACGCUCUACCUCUUCGAUGAGAUCACGUCACACCUGGACUCAGCCACCGAAACGCGACUCGCGGAGCAGCUCUUCGGGGGCGACAAGAAGCAUGAUAAGUCCGCCGCGUCUUUAGGAACAACGACAACUGCCGCAGCUACAAUUUUGAUAUCGCACUCGCCCAACGUCUUGCGAUUCUGCACCAAGUUUCUGGUCUUGGGAAUCGGGUCUGGCCCGCAGCUCCUGCAGGAUUUUGCGGAAGUGCAGAGGCUCAUUGAUUUGCGCUGAUGAAGACACUGCAGCUUCAGGUGUGCUUAUUUCCGAAUCCUCUGUGCUGGUCAGCGGUCGUCUCGAUUUCGUAUGAUCUACAGCGUAAGUAGUAUUCAAAAGCCAGUACAUCGACAGCAUGCAAGACCUGCAAGGUGGAGAAUAGAGUUCUUACAGCCUCCUGCAUUCUUUUUGCAUUUCAUCUGGAGGCACGCCUCAUCAUUCCAGCACAGAGAUACAGAACAAGUGAGUGGUUGUGAUUAAGUACGUACUCCACCAGACGAAC